CGACAAGUGUGUGCUUGUAGGUGCUGGAAGACAAGAAAAUUGUUCGUAUCAAUCGAUACAAAUUAAAAUUAAAAAUAAGACUAGUUUUAUUCUGUGUUGCUACACGUAGAUACUACAAUGAUUUACGAAUGCAAGAUUUGUGAUAAGUCGUUCGCUAGUAAACAGAGUUUAAGCUGUCAUAUGAGAAUCCAUACAGGAGAGAAACCCUACAAAUGUAAAACAUGUAGUAAAUGUUUUCCUUAUUCAAGCAGUUUGAAUCGUCAUCUCAGAACCCACACAGGAGAAAAGCCAUACCAAUGUGACACAUGUAAUAAAUGUUUUGCUCAUUCGUACAGUUUGAAUAUCCAUCUCAGAACCCACACAGGAGAAAAACCAUACAAAUGUAAAACAUGUAAUAAACGUUUCGCUCAAUUAACCUAUUUGAAUAAUCAUAUCAGGACCCAUACACAAGAAAAACCCUACAAAUGCAAAAUGUGUAAAAAAUGCUUUACUCGUUCCAGCAAUUUUUAUCGUCAUCUCAGAAUUCACACAGGAGAAAAAUUAUAUAAAUGCAUAACAUGUAAUAAAUAUUUUUCUCAGUCAAACAGUUUGAAUCGUCAUCUCAAAACCCACACAGAAAAAAAAUCAUACAAAUGUGAAACGUAAUAAAUGUUUUUAUAGUUCUAGACAUUUAAAUCGUCAUUUGAGUAUCCACACGUGAGAAAAACCAAACGCGUGAAGAAUAUGUAAUAAACGUUUUGAAAACAGAUCCUGUUUAACUCAUCAUCAACGAUUCUACAGUGGAAAAACCCUACAAAUGUAAAUUAUGUAAAGAAUCUUUUUUUGAAGAAAAAAUAUUAGAUUGUCAUUUCAGAAGACAUUUGAGGAAGACUUUACACAGGUAUUAAAUACCCUAUCAUGAAUUCCUUUACUGGAAUAAAAGAAAAUAACAAUACAAUAACUUAUUCAAAUCUUCUUCCCAGCAAUAAUGUUAGAAGCAAUCGUCUUUUCGAAGAACAAAAUUAUUUAAUUCAGCGUCUUUUAACUUAUUCUGAAUACUGACCAUUGAUUUUGUCUUUUACGUAAUAGUCAAUUUCAAACUGAAGUUAACCUGGAUGCUCAUCGUGCAAUGCACGAUGUAUACCUAUUUAACUGCAUUACUUGUUAUAAAGUUUCCUGCAGCCAUUAGGCUUUAGAAGAACACAAAACUAUACACAAUUCAUUAGUUAAUUUGUCUUACCAUUGCAAUAAACACAGGGUAACAUUUGCUUAGGAAUAAGAUUGUGAAGUUCAUCAUGAAUAUGAUUUAAGU